UUUAAAUUUUUUUAUUUUCUUGGGGAUAACGCUUACAAGAAACCAUGUUACCAUCUACGCAUUCCGGGGGAUGUGUAUCUACACAUAAAUAAUAACAUGGCACAAGUCUAUUUUAGCAAUUUGAUUGUGAGGGAUACUUUGCUCUAAGUUCAUAGAAAAGGUAGGGCCUGUUGUCCUUGAUAACUAAGACCUCUCUCACGUUACUUCUUGUUUUGGGAUAGUAAUGAACAUUUUAUGUUUUCCCAAUAUGGUUAUGUUUUUCAUCCUGGUGGUCCAUGCUCCAGGUCAUCUCUUCUUAAAAAUUCUACAAAUGAAUAAUGCUUCACUCCAAGUUUCAAAUAAGGUAGGGUAAUGUUCUUGAACUAAUAGUGCAAAGUUUUCCAUACUUGGAAGGCAAAAGCAUGUGACACUUCAGUGACAUUGUCUUCUGAUGGUGCCCACAAAUUGCUAUUCAACACAUAUCAGCAGUGCUUGUAUGAGUUGCCAUUGCCUAUAUAAACAUAUUCAAAGAGGUAUCUACCACCACAGCUCUCAGCAAACUUGAAAGUAUUCAAAUCUUUCUGUGUUUGAGUUUUUUUUAGUAAUUCUUUCUUUCAUUUCUCAUCUAUACUAAAACUAAAAGAUCAUGGCUAUUCUUCGUAUGAUCAAGAAGUCUUCCACAACUAGAGAUGUUCCCAAGGGUCACUUUGUUGUGUAUGUCGGGGAAACGCAGAAGAAGAGAUUUGUGAUCCCCAUAUCAUUCUUGAGCGAACCUUUAUUUCAAAAAUUGCUUAGUCAAGUUGAAGAAGAAUUUGGCUUCGACCAUCCAAUGGGUGGUGUGACAAUUCCCUGCAGUGAAGAUUUCUUCAUUGAUCUCACAUCUCGGUUGAGGAAGUGAGAAGAGAAACCUGUCUCCAUUUUUUGCUUAGACAAUUUUGUAUAGCUGUACAGUGUAGAGUUAGAAGAAACAGUAGGUAGACUAAUGAGUUUCGUUCCAUAAAGAAUGGAUGUCAUUCCCUUGUCUCUUGACUAAGGACACAUUUUUCUACUUCAAAGAAAUUGAAGUAAUGAACCUUUUUACUUCUA